AUGGCCUCGAUUCAUGUUGUUGGUGAGCUCUUGGGGGCGUCUGGCCUGGCCUGGCCGGGUGACCAAGAAGCCUUCUCCGUCUCGCAUGUGGUCGACUUGCUGUCGCUGCACCCGUCGUCCGAGUUCAGCUACUUCUGCAAGUGGAGACUUGUCGUCAGCGAUCCGGUCAAGCAAUCGCCGCAUGAAGAACCGUCGUGGAAAGUCAUUCAAGGAGAGACUCGAGGCCAAACGCAGGUUCAUGCUGCAUCGAGUGGAGGGAGUCUGGCCAUGCCGGAUUUGUAUCGUCACAGCACUGACGUUUCACUCCCGAAGAUGGACACGGUGUGGGCUCAUCCCAUCGACUUGCACCUUGCUCUGACCAACACGAAUGCGUGGAAUUGCUGGCCGAGACUGGAGUUCCAGGUGAGUCGAGCUUAA